AUGGCUCAGAAACAAAAACGCUCAAGAGCCGAGCAAGCACGACAAUUUCUCCAAAGUGGUGGUGUCUUGCGAGAAGACUCGGACGAUGAACUGGGCACUGAGGAUCUCCCAUGGGAAUGGAUAUACGGACCGAACAAGACCAUCAUUGGUGCCCAGAUAGGCGAUUUCAAAUGCCACAUAGGAGAUACCGUCUUGCUCAAAGCUGCCGGAAAUGAAGCUUGGGUAGCCAUCAUUCAAGACUUUUCAGAAGGCGAGAUCGAAGACGAUGAUGGAGAAAUAAUCAAUGAUAUGAAAGCCUCCUUCUUGUGGUUUUCAUCCGAGAAGGAAAUUGUCAACAAAAACAAGAAGAGACAAGACUUUCUGGAAAACGAGUUAUACAUCACUACUGGACUGGAUGAGAACUCAUUAAAGACUAUCAAUGGCAAGGCUACUGUUCUUUCUGAAGAUAGCUUCAACUCAAGAUAUCCAAGCGGGAAGAUUCCGAAAGGCUCGAAAGACCAUGGAAAAGUCUUCAUUUGUCGACGAGGCUGCAACACUCGCACGACCACUUAUACUGAUAAAUUCAUCUGGGAGGAUGUCUACCGUGGAGCCGAGGACCUGCAGUCUUUGUGCGAACUGAUCGACAGCCAAACUGUACGAACUCGCAAGCGCAAGUCAACCGUCAGAGCAACGACACCAGGAGAUCUGGACGAAUUCGUGGUACCUGACGACGAGGAUGGUGAAACAGCCACACCGCGAAAACGACGGAAGUUGACUUCUGCUACACCAACAUCACGAAGCAAGCAUCCUGCUCCUCGCAAACUCACCACUCCUACACAUCGUCGUAUCGUUGCAAAGAAACCUCUCGAGUUCACACCUCUAGGUACUCGUAUGCUCUCGCCUUCUCAUACAACUGCCUCACCUCAUCAGCUCGCUCGAAGCACAUUACAUGUAUCUGCUGUACCAAACGCACUUCCCUGUCGUGAAGAUGAAUUUGGCGAGGUUUAUGCACAUCUGGAGACUGCCAUCUCAGCUGGCACAGGAUCUUGUAUCUACAUCUCUGGCACUCCUGGAACAGGCAAAACCGCCACAGUACGAGAGGUAGUAGCUGCCCUUAACGUAGCCGUGUCCGCCGACGAACUCGAUGACUUUGUAUUCGUCGAGAUUAACGGCAUGAAAGUCACAGACCCACAUCAAUCAUACUCUCUACUGUGGGAAGCACUCAAAGGCCAACGAGUCAGCGCCACACAUGCUCUUGAAUUGCUCGAACGCGAAUUCAGCACACCGAGCCCGAGAAGAGUGCCUUGUGUGGUUCUAAUGGACGAGCUCGAUCAACUCGUCACAAAAUCGCAAGGAGUCAUGUACAACUUCUUCAACUGGCCUCAACUAAGGCAUUCACGUCUGAUUGUCUUGGCUGUAGCGAAUACCAUGGAUUUGCCUGAACGUACACUUAGCAACAAGAUCAGUUCACGAUUGGGACUUACACGUAUCACAUUCCCUGGCUACACGCAUCAACAACUUAUCAAGAUCAUCGAGAGCAGACUCGAAGGCAUAGGACAAGUAAUAGUCGAACCCGACGCCGUCCAAUUUGCGAGCAGAAAAGUAGCAGCGGUAUCAGGAGAUGCACGUCGUGCCCUCGAUAUCUGCCGCCGCGCAGUCGAGAUUGCCGAAUCCGACAAGGCAGCCGCCGAAAAAGCAGCUCUGGAAGCCUCUGCAGAAGAACCCAACGAUGAGACAGCGACUAUAGCGCCAGCCAAAGCGGCAGUGAUGAAGAAAGGCGUCGUCACCAUUUCGACUAUCAAACGCGCUAUCAACGAAGCUACUUCUACGCCUUUGGCUGCUUACCUGCGCUCUCUCCCUCUAGCCUCCAAACUCUUUCUUGCUGCCCUGCUUGGCCGUAUCCGCAGAACUGGAUUGACGGAGAGUACGCUCGGCGAUAUCAUCGACGAAGCAGCUCGUAUGGCAGCUUUAUCAUCCUUAGUGCCUCUCCAUGAUAUCUUACUCGCACCAGACACUUUCCAACCUAUUCCUUCCCUGAACGGGGUUUCUACGCCGGGAAAAAGAGGUAGGGCAGCUGGAAAGAAAGAGAGUAAAGUGGCGAGGUUGAGGGGUAUGAAUGUUGCGGCCGAAGAGUUGGCAGAGGCGGGUAUUGUGGGCUUGGAGGUUAGAAGGGGUGAGAGAGUGGGAAGAGUGAGGUUGGGUGUUGGUGAGGAGGAGAUCAGAGGUGCUCUGAGAGAGGAUGAAGAGUGUCGGGGUCUUGGGUUCAAUGGAUAG